AUGUCGAAAUUACGCGUUUCGAUCGUCUUGUUAUUUGCUCUCUUAAUCACUCUCUUCUUUUUCUCCCCACAAAUACAACCUCAAUCUUACUUCCUGUUUUCCAACCCCGACCCCGAUGCGGAGGACCUUGCUCUCUUCCACCGUGCCACAAGGACAACACCCCACUUAUUUACCCUCAAGAACCCUAAACCCAAAAUCGCCUUCCUCUUCCUCACAAACACCAACUUCACCUUUGCUCCUUUGUGGGAAAUAUUCUUUACUGGAAACAACCACCUCUUCAACAUCUACAUCCACGCAGACCCGGUUUCCUCUGUCCUCUCACCCGGAGGCGUCUUCCAUCAAAACCACUUCAUCCCUUCCAAAACAACUCAACGCGCCUCUCCGACACUUAUAGCCGCUGCUCGCCGUCUCUUAGCCACUGCUCUAUUGGAUGACCCACAUAACCAAUACUUUGCCUUAGUCUCCCAACAUUGUAUUCCACUCUUCUCGUUUCGAUUUGUUUAUAACUCCCUUUUUGAAUAUCGGGUAGAGUCCUUAAACAAGUACAAGAUUCAACACCCUAGCUUCAUUGAGUUUGACUCUAAACAUCCGAAUCUCUACCAGCGCUAUAAUGCUCGUGGAAAGGAUGUAAUGAUGCCGGAGGUUUCAUUCAAGGAUUUUCGCAAAGGCUCGCAAUUCUUUAUCCUGAACCGGAAACAUGCAAAGGUUGUUCUGCGAGAUCAAAAGUUGUGGAAGAAGUUUCGGAUUCCAUGUAUAGAUACGUAUUCCUGUUACCCGGAAGAGCAUUACUUUCCGACUCUUCUAUCGAUGGAGGAGCGCGAUGGCUGCACGGGUUUUACUCUUACGAGAGUUAACUGGACUGGUUGUACUGACGGACAUCCGCAUCUUUAUACUCGAGAGGAGGUGUCGCCGGAGCUUGUACGCCAGCUUAGGAAAUCGAAUUCCAGUUACCCCUAUCUGUUUGCAAGGAAAUUCUCACCGGAAACUCUAGCACCGUUGAUGGAUAUAGCUUAUGAUGUCAUUUUCAGAGAUUGA